AUGAUCCACCAUUCUUCUGAGACUUACUAUCGACUAGGAAAGAAUCUGCCUUCCUCGGGGAACUUUGUCCGCACCUCCCUCUCCGCGCUCAGUUUCCACAUCAUAGCCGUGAGCCCCACAAUAACCAUCCCAAAUACCGCAGUAUUCGCUUUCCAGUUCGAUGGUUGCGAGUACCAGCCACCUGCUGGUGACCAGACGUGCUUGGGGUAUCUAGCUUGCGGCCAAUUGCUGUCGCCGCGCACACGACCAUGCUGUCUCUGGCAGCAGACAAUACAGAGUCCGGCUGGCGGGACACAACAAUCACGGUUCCAAUCCUCCUCUGCGGCAAUGGAAGAAAACCUUGUAUUCGAAGACGACGAUCCAUCCGCUUCCUCUACCUCAAGACACCCUUCGAGUCCAUACGCCUCACCAUUAACAGAAGCUGCUCUGCACUCUGCAAAGCUAGCAGCUCUACACGCCCGUCUCGCACUCCCAAAGAAACUACCUUUACAAACGAUGGCAAGGACAUUAGUGGAUCCAUCUGCAGACCCGAAUUUGCGCUUCAACAAUGCUUCACUGGCGCAGUUAGGAGGAUCCAUUAUCUCGUUCCAUGUAGCAGAGUUCCUGCUCUGCAAAUACCCCCGUCUCCCAAUGGCUAUCCUCUUUGCCGCCUCUGGCGCUUACAACGGGCCCCGAACACUCGCAAUAAUAGCGCAAGAAUGGGGAGUUGAAACCGCUGCCUACCCCGGCUCAGAAGUCGAUCCCGGCCUCUUACAAUUCUCAAAAUUGAAGCCAGGGACGAACUUGGGGGAGAUUGGGAUGGCAAGGAAAAACACAAUUGAUCAAGGUGUGUGGAGGAGGGGGAUGAGCAGCCGGGUGGUGUUAGAUGACGAAUUUGGUGAUAUGAUUCCGCAGCGUCGGGGGAUAGAGGUUGAUGCCAAGCCGACAGAGACGGCGUACUCGAAUUUCGUGAAGGCGGUUGUGAGCAGUAUUUACGUGCAUGCUGGGAGAGAUGCGGCGAAGAAGUUCGUGAAGGAGCAUAUUCUCAGUCGGCAUUUGGAGAUUACUCAGCUCUUUGAUUUUAAAACCCCAGUGCAAGAACUGGCGGUGUUGUGUAAGAGGGAGGAGUUCGAGUAUCCUGUUGCGAGGAUACUGAGUGAGACAGGAAGGUUGUCGAGGUCGCCAGUGUUUGUGGUGGGGAUUUACUCGGGGCAUGAGAAGUUAGGGGAAGGGGCCGCUCCAAGUUUGGCGGAGGCGAGGAUUCGAGCGAGUGUUGCGGCACUGAAGGCCUGGUAUUUGUACAGUCCGGGCAAUAAUGUUAGGGUUCCGAGUGAUAUGGAGGGCGCGAAUCCCAAGCCCUGGGAGCCGGUGCAUAUCGACAUUGGGGAAAUUAUACACUAG